AUGUCUGCCGACGAAGAGGAAACCCUCGCCGAGUCUGAAGAGGAUCUCUUGGUCGACGACUUUCCCGAAGGGCUCAUCCAUGACCUCGUGAGCUCCCCCAACCAUCCCGCUGCGAAGAGGCCCUGCAUGGACUCUGGUGCUGGCCCUGCUAACUUCAACUCCCCCUCCACCUCCUCGGAUUCGGCGCUGGCGCAGCCCGCGCAGUCUCCUAUGCUCCCCGCUGCUGUUGCUGCUCCCUCGUUGCCUCUGCAAAGCCCCGUACCCUCUCUGGCAGCAACUGCUGCCGCCUCCAACGCCCCGGCCCUUUGCACCGCUGCCUACGCCGCUGUCGCCUCCGGCGCUAACCCGGCCCCCGCGCUGCGCGCCUCAUUUUUUGCCUCACCCGCGCUUGGCGGAUCCUCCCGCGACCUCCGCCGUGUGCGCACUGCUGUGGCCACCCCGAUUCUCCUCCCCCUCCGCCGCUGCGUGACCCCCUCCUCCACUGUCUUGUUGCUUCCCCCCCCCCGUAUGGCCGCCUGGGUCCCUGCCAACCCCACUUUCAAUCUGCCCCUACCCACUCCCCUCGCUCCUCUCACCCCUCUCCCCGCGCCAGCUGCCCCCCCCUCACCCUGCCUUCACCCCCGUCACCCACCUCUCCCCGACAGCACUCCCUUCCCUGGCCCCCCAUGUCGUAGGGCUCCCACUCACUCUCCCGCCUUCCCCACCCCCCCCCUCCCUCUCUGCUCUCUCCAACCCUUGCAUGCAAACCCCCCCCCCCCCAAAGACGCCCAGCCCUUGCCACCAUCGUACCCUCAUCUGCCCCCCCUACAGCGCCUUUCCUCCCAUGGUCUCUCAAGAGGACGGGCCCCUUGCCCACCCCUAUGCUGGCAUGAAGACGCUCCCCUCCCCCUGUCUCAUCCCCCCGUCUCAAACUGCACCCUCCCCUGCUCCCCCCACAUAUUGACUCCUUCCUCCCCCUUCCUCUCUCCCGAUUCCCCUCCUCUCCUUUCCCCCUACCCUCAAUCUCGCCUUCCCCCCCCUCCCGUCAUUCUAUUCACCCCCCACCCUCUCAGGAACCCAACUGCAACCGUCCCCAGUGCUCUGACCGGGCCGCCCGACCCCCACCAAGGCUCCCCCCUCUGCCAACAGCCCCCUCCCCCCGGUCUCUCCCACAUCGCUCUCAAGCAGGCCGCUCCACCCCCCUCUGGUCUCUUCUCCCCCCCCGCCUGGGCCUCCAAACACCCCCGCCCCUUCCCCGCGCCUUCCCCCCCUCCCUGCACCGCCCUCCCCCCGCUGCCAACUAGCCCACUUGGUCCCCCCCCUCUCGGUCCUCACCCUCACCUCCCCCACCUGCCCCACUCCCCCGACUCUCCCUGCCCCCCUUAUUCUUGCACCUCCGUCCACCCUCUCGCCCCCCCUGCCCCCCCCCUCCUCCCCCCAACCGCUCCCUCUCUUGCAGGCAACCUUCUGGGGAAUCAUGCCGCGCUGACCGCCUUCCGCAACGACCCGGGCCUCCUCUACAUUGGGCUGGACGACUGGGUCAAAUAUUGGACGUGCACUCCCUGCGACUUCACCUACGGCGCUGCCCUCGACAGCGCCAUGGAGCAUAUCCAGUCCGACCUGCACGCCACCCGCGUGAAGGCCUCCGCUCACCGCCGCCAAGGAAGACUUUGGCCCUUGGCGCGUACUCACCCGGCUGCAGCAGAAGGCUCUGGUGGCUGCCUUCCUUCGCGGCCGUCCUUAGCGCAGCGGCCUAUGCACCUUGGCACGCAAGCAUAG